AUGUUGACCCCCGAGGCUCGUCGACAGACCGUCGGGUCAGAGACGCCGUCACAGCAAAACAGGUCGUCGUUGGAAGUACAAAGCCGGACGAGAGCGUCCACCUCAACCACCCCGGAUUCGGCCAGCACGGUUUCACAGUCCGCAACGUCUUCAGCAUGGACAAGCCCUGGUACCAUGCAACUGCACCAGCAGUCGUUUCCAGCCCUUCAUGUCCGGACUGAUUUAUCUACCAUGGACACCACCCCGCUCCACGAUAAUAAUGAGGCGCAACUAUUACGCCACAGCCUCUCGACGGCCAGUCUUCCUCGCCGGACCCCUAGCUGGGCUAUUCGAAUGAAUGCGCUGUCUAGCACAGGCUCACUGUCGCCGUCAUCUGUCCUCUCGUCUGCCAUCUCGUCGCCCAUCUUGGCUGCCAUGGCGGACAUCACGCCGCUGCCGUCGCCCAUCGGAUAUCUUAGUUCGUCACCAUGGCGGCUCGGGGGGCGCACUAUUUCGUCGCAUUCCCUCUCCAGGACCUCGUCAACCAUUUCACGCAGUGGCUCUGUGAACUUGCGCCCGAGCGACUCGAGUCAGCUACUCCGCACCGCUUCGACUCACUCUCGGUCAAGGCGAUACAGCGGUCACCCGCUGAACCAUGACGAUGUCCGAGAAGAUAAGGCUAACAAGGCAGCAAGCGACGUGCAACGCCAUGCGCGCAACCGUAGCCUGAGCGAGUAUAUCCCCCAGAAAGCGGCUGCACAGCACCCAAGACCAAAUGCUCUGCCUGGCUCGGGGCCUUCUAUGGAAAGCUCGUCGUCGGCGUCGGAUUUGGCGACUGAUUUGGGAAAUCUGCAUCGCGAACAGUAUUUGGCCGUGCAGAGAGGUCUUACGCUUCCCGGGGUGCGGCCGCCAACUCCACCUCGAUCGACCCAGAGUGGUGACGACGACAUUGGCUCUCAGCCCAUUAUCAAAAGCGAGGUUUUGAAUGGUUCUCAAGAUGAAAUCUACUAUGUUCGCUCAAUUCGCACAAAGCAACCCAGAAAGUACCGAAAACUACGUCAACUAGGCCAAGGGACAUUCAGCCAGGUCAGUCUUGCGGUGCGGAUACCCGGUGAUGCACCAGGCAAAGAUGGACAUGUGCGCAUGCCCAGCUUGAUGUCCCAAAAGCUAGUGGCCGUCAAGAUUAUCGAGUACGGGCCCGCGGGAGGCGCAGACGAGGACCGCGUCGAGGUCUCGCUCAAGCGCGAAGUCGAGAUUCUCAAAUCAGUCAACCAUCCAUCUUUGGUGCAGCUGAAGGCAUUCGGAAGCGACCAACGGCGAGCCUUGUUGGUUUUGGACUAUUGCCCUGGCGGGGAUCUUUUUGACUUUGCUACCUCGGCCAUGAAGACUCUGAGCCCGCCGCUCAUUAGGCGCAUUUUUGCCGAGUUGGUAGCGGCAGUGCGAUAUUUGCAUGCCAACUACAUUGUCCAUCGCGACAUAAAAUUGGAAAAUGUUCUGGUCAACCCACCAGUGGCAGCCAUGGAACAAGUGUCGGACUGGCGUACAUAUGACCGUGCCGUCAUCACGCUUAGUGACUUGGGCCUGUCCCGACGGAUCCCCGAGCCACCAGAGAGCCCAUUGCUGCACACUCGAUGCGGUAGCGAAGACUAUGCAGCCCCCGAAAUCCUCAUGGGUCAGCCGUACGACGGGCGGUCCACUGAUGCCUGGGCCCUGGGUGUGCUUUUAUAUGCCAUGAUGGAGAGCCGUCUUCCUUUCGACGUCCUGCCAGGCACGCGGGGCGACCCGGAAAAGCUCCGUGCGCGCACACCGCAUCGAAUCGCCCGCUGCGAGUGGUCGUGGUACCGCUAUGCCGAUGAGGACCAAGAAUGGGAUCCUGUCAAGGGUCAGGAACUAGAAGGGGCUCGAGAGUGUGUCGAGGCGUUGCUGAAGCGCCACUCGAGGCGGAAGGGCCUGGACGAGAUUGCGCACGUAGCGUACGUCAAAGACGCCCUGGCUCUCGACGGAGAGUUGAAAAGAGGGGACAAGGAGGUUCCUUGA